AGCGUACAGUAUAGUUGGGACGUCGCCGUUUCGCUUUGUUUGGAUGCGUACAACACGACGAUCCUGCCAUGCCCGUCGCAGUUUCAUUUCACACGUAGUAUUGAGACGUUUUCGUACUAUUCAGCAUUGAGACAAUUUAUGGAACUCUCCAGAAUUGGGAUUUGUGACUUUUCAACGGUUUGUUUAUCACAAGUGUAAUGGACAUGUGGAAAACGAAGUAACAGGGAGAUUUCAACGCAAAUAUGACGUUUUUGCCAGCUUCGAUUCUCGUGACUCUCCUAGUCUUCGGAACAACAAAAGGUCUGAGGGAAUACAGAGGUCCGAGAAUAACGGAGCACCCGGGCAAUCUGACAGUGCCGAGACACGAGCCUGCGACCCUCUACUGUAAAGCCGAAGGUCUUCCCGAGCCGACGGUCACAUGGUACAAGGACGGCGAAGUGGUCACAACAGGCCAACAUAGAGUCCUUCUUCCGGCCGGCAGUCUUUUCUUCCUCAGAGUCUCAAACGGCAGGAAGGACAACGACGCAGGCGUCUACUGGUGCGUGGCCAGCAAUUCAGCAGGAUCGGCCAGGAGCCGUAACGCCACUUUAGACGUAGCAGAGCAAACCCUGCACCUUCGAUCGAACCUACCUUACGUCUGGGAAAACGCCGAGAAGUAUUCCGUAAGCUGUCCAAGCGCGUUGAUGCGAUGGUUUUUACCUCAGCUCUGUUAAUAAAUUAGAACAUUUUAGAAUAGAGCCGAAAUUAACACAAAUAAUAGCAAGGCAUAACUAAAAAACACACUUUUUCUUAUAACAUUAUUCAUAGAUUUCUUAUAAUAGACAUACCUUGGAAGAGAUGGAACAUUAUCAACAUCUUGGAAUGACAAUAAACCACCAAAUGACAAUAGUGGCCAUGGCAUUUACUAAUUCAAUAAGCAUUUAAAAUCCUUUAUCUUGAUUCAUUUAAACAAAA